UUCCUCACUCAUUCACCAGCCCCAUACUGGCCACUGCUGGUGCCCAAAGGCCUUGACCACAAACAAGCCACCAUAGCUCAUGAGAUGGGGCCUUGGCCUGUGUGGAUGUGGAUCAGGGCGGGCUGCCUGAAGGAAGGGGCCUUGGAGCUGUCAGGCAGGCAUUGCUGGCAGAGGUGGGAGGCGGAAGGCGGCAGACCGGGCCCAGUGUCCACCAUGCUCUCUGUGACGCCCAUCUCUGGCUGCCUUGGUUUCCCAUCUGCCCCUGCCUGCCCCGCCCCUCCCCCCCCACUUACUCGGAACCCUGACCAGUGGGCGGGCCACAGCCUGUGCCUGGAGUAACCGUAGAAACAGAACUACACAGGACAGUGAGCCUCCUCUCUGGGUGGGCUGCCUGUGCUCCCAACUGCUGCCCUCCUGGCCAGGCCCCCGCCUCCCCAUGCAGCACCCCAAACCCUUCUACGCACCCGCCGCUCCCCAAGAAGCCUUCAGUCCCUGGAGCCUGGACGCCACCAAAGGGCCCGGCAGCCAGCCUGCUUCCGCCUGCACAGAGCCUCUUCCCACUGCGGGUUCCUCCAACGUCUAUCACCCCCCAAACCUGGAGAAAGAGGUGUUUCCAGCUCCUCCAGCAGGUUUCCAGAUGGCGCCCUGCGGCUGCUUCUUUGACCCCCGCGUCUACCGAAUCGAGUGGGCCACCACCGACUUUGGCCAGUCGUCCCUGUACAAGCUGGCGGCUGGGGGCCCCGCCUCGCCAGGCACCUACUUCCCCGAGGCACAGCACUGCCUCAGGGCCCCGGUGCCACCCCCGCUGCCCCCACUGUUCCGCCACUACCAGCCGCCCCCCGCGGGGCCCUGGUACCGCAUGCCCUGCUUCGAGUCCAAGGGAGCCGGGGCCGAGGCCCUGGGCUUCGUAGGGGACAGAGGGCCCCCCGCCUUCGCGGAGCUGCCCCCCGCCUUGAUCAAGCAAGGCCUGGCUCCCCCGCUGCCCCCAAAGGAGAGCAAGCUGCCCCUGCUGCUCACCACGCUGCCCGCCGAGGCCACGCUGCCCCCUGGCGCCUAUGGCCCUCUCAAGGGCCACCUGACCUGGCUGGAUGGGCCCGGUGAGCCCUUGACCUUCGCCUUCAAGGAACCGCCCCCUGGCGCCGGGCCCGGCCCGCUGUACCCACCGGGCCCCACCAAGCCCAAGGCGGUCCCGCUGAGGGCAGGCGAGGCCAGGACCCCUGAGGUGGCCAGGGCCUUCAGGACGCCCAAGAAGGUGAUGCUCGAGGACACGAUGAAGCUCUUUGACGGCCUGCCGGGUGGCGCCGAGCCCGCUGGGGCCCCGUGCAAGCCCCCUGGGCCCGCCCUGCCCGACAGCGGGGGCGGCAGGGACUCGUCCAGCGACAUCCGCUCGCUGCACCUGCCCGACGAGCUGCAGUCCUCGGACUACAGCGUGCCCGAGGUCCUAGAUACCGUGUCCGACAUGGACUACUUCUACAACUUCAAGGUGCUGGACGAGGAGCCGCCGCCCCGCCCGGGGGGGGCCCCCACCGCCAAGCCCUCGGGCAAGAGGAAGGCCGGCAACCCGACUGCCAGGAAGGGGAGGCAGGGCAUCAAGGGCAAGCAGGCUGCGGUGCCCACCAGCGCCAGCCCCUUGGGGCCCAGGCAGGACCUGGGAGCCGCCCCCCAUUAAAGCGAAUUUGAGCUGUU